UUUCAGUAUGAUUUUUAAAUUAAAGUGAAAAUGUUGUUUUCCGGAACUGAAAUUUCUUGCAUCCUAGCCGGUACAAUAUUAAUAUUUAUUCUUUACUGGUGUAAUCAAAGGUUAAGUUAUUUUAAAAACCUUAAUAUUCCAUACUUGACAAGCUUUCCAUUUCUUGGAGCUCUAACGGAAGCUGUGAUUGGGAAGAAAGGACUUUAUGAGUGUAUUGAUGACAUUUAUAGAAAUCCUCAAUUCAAGAAUGAACAAUUUUUUGGAAUAUUCAUGUUUCAUAAGCCAUCACUAGUGAUUAAAGAUCCAGAAAUUAUAAAACAAGUUUUAGUUAAAGAUUUUAAUAAUUUUGAAAAUCAUGUGGGAGGUUCAGAUGAUCAUGAUCCAAUCGGACGAGAUAAUUUAUUUUUGUCUAAAGAUGGUUUGUGGAGGAAUCUUCGAAAGAAGCUAACACCAUUCUUUACCAGUGGCAAAAUGAAGUCCAUGUUUCCAUUUUUGGAUAAAAUUGGUGAUAAUUUGUUGGAACACAUGGACAAGAUGUCAUCGAGUGAAAAUUGUGUUGAAAUGAAGGUUAAAGAUAAACUUUCGCUCUUCACAACUGAUGUUAUUGCUAGUGUAGCAUUUGGUGUUGAUGCAAAUGGACUUAACAACCCAAAAUCGGAAUUCGCAAGAAUUUCAAAAAUGAUUUUUGAUUUUACUUUCCGUCGUGGAUUUGAAUUUACUGCACUUUUUCUCCUUCCUGAAGUCACAAAGUUAUUUAACUUUAAAAUGUUUACCAAGGAAGGAACAGAAUUCAUGGAAAAGACAAUAACUCAUGUGAUGGACGAAAGAGAGAAGUCAAAAAUUAGUCGGAAUGAUUUGAUCGACACUUUAAUUGAAAUAAAAAAUUCAGAAAUGAAGAAUAAUGAAGAACAGCCAUUACCAAUUGAGACAUUGAUAGCACAAGCGUCAGUUUUCUUGUCAGCUGGUCAUGAAACGUCAUCUGGUACUGCUACAUUUACUUUAUAUGAAAUUGCAAAGCGACAAGAUAUACAAGACCGCGUACGAGCCGAAAUUCAAGAAGCCUUGAUAAAAAAUGAUGGAAAAUUGACUUAUGACACUGUCAUGCAUGAGACGCCUUAUCUUCAUCAAGUAUUACUUGAAGUUUUAAGGAUUUAUCCAGUUCUUCCAUUUCUAGAUCGUGAAUGUACCAAUCCCAACGGAUAUUCAUUGAAACCUUAUUCCGACUUUAUUAUUCCAUACAAAAUGCCCAUCUUUAUUCCCAUCUAUGGCAUUCAACGUGACGAGAAAUAUUUUGAAGAUCCAUUAAAGUUUGAUCCCGAGAGAUUUUCACCAGAGAAUAUUCACAAAAUAUCCACGUUUACCAAUCUUCCAUUUGGAACAGGAAAUAGAUCGUGCAUUGGAGAACGUUUCGGACUUAUGCAAUCAAAGACAGCUGUAAUUAAAAUUUUAAUGAACUAUCGAGUUGAAAUGACGGACGAGACACCGAUGGAAAUUCGAUUAGCUAAAAAUGCUCUUGUUAUACAAUCGGAGGUGCCAAUUGUUUUAAGAUUUGUUAAAGAUAGAAUUGAUGAAUAAGUUUAUUUUUGAUAAGUUAAGAAUUUAAAGUUUUUUCAAUAGGUAGGAAUUGGGAGUCAAUAAAUUUAUUUUUUUUUUCAAAAGUAUCGACUUAAAAUUGCAUAAUCUGUUUCAAUUUUCACCUAUAAAUCCUCACAUUAAUUCUAUUAUGUGAUUCCAUCGAUCCCAAUGAUUCGAUAAUAUUGAUUUAUUAAAUAAAUUAUGAAACUUUUAAUAACAUUAUUACUUGAUUUACAAAAGCCGC